AAAACAGCUUUAUUGGGUUAGCAAUGGCAACACUGUUAGCGUUACUGGUUUGGCUUGGCGUUUUUCAUCAUCCAUUUUGUUUUUACAUUUCUACAAUCUAGGAAUAUUUUGACUUUCGGAAAAGUAUUGUGCAUGGAUAUUUAAUAUUAGUGAUCAAGUAUGUGCUUGUGUUGAAGUUUUGAUGAAAUCUUGUAUACUGAGAAAAGAAAACGCGUUUUCACGAUAUGUCUCGUUACAAUUCAGAUUGUAAAGUUUACGUCGGAGAUUUGGGAAAUAGUGCUUCGAAACAAGAAAUAGAAGAUGCUUUCAAAUAUUAUGGCCCUUUGAGAAAUGUAUGGGUUGCGAGGAAUCCUCCCGGCUUUGCGUUUGUGGAAUUCGAGGACGCCAGAGAUGCCGAAGAUGCUAUCCGAGGACUAGAUGGUCGUAGAGUCUGUGGCCGGAAAGCAAGAGUAGAGAAAUAUGGUCGAACGAUAUGUGGCCGAAGAGCAAGAGUCGAAAUGUCCAACGGUAAAGGCGGUAGUGGCAGGUACAGGGGACCACCCCCGAGGUCUCGAAGUAAACCUUUUCACCCUGACGAUCGCUGUUACGAGUGUGGAGAUAGGGGGCAUUAUGCUAGAGAUUGUACUAGACAUAAACGCGGUGGACGGCACAGGUCUCGCAGCCGUUCCAGAAGUCGCUCUAGAGAUCGUAGAUCUCGGUCAAGAAGCAACUCGAGAUCCCGCAGUCGUUCCAGACGUCGCACUAGGACCCGCUCUCCAUCUCCGAAGAGGAGCCGUAGCCGCUCCCGCACCAGCGAUAAGCGUUCGAGAUCUAGGUCCAGAUCUCGUAGCAGGUCUGCUGUUAAAGAAAAUGGCAAGUCCGGAAGUAAGGAUUGAGUUCUAGCAUUUAUAUCAUCAGUUUCUGAUUAAGUGUUUUCUGUAUUUUUUUCUACAUUAUCACUUCUCUGUAGGAGCUUAGUAAUAAUUAUCCUGACGAGUGUUAUCCACAUUAUUAAGUAAUAAAUGGUGUAUCCCUGAA